AGACCAUGGCAACAGCUUGGAUUAAGGAAGGCCCGCUGAUCUCGCGAGAGUGUGCGUGGGCGGAAGCGCAGUGGCUCCCGCAGGAUGCGGUUCCUCCGCCCGUUCGCGCUUCUGUGGCUUGUUGCUAUCGCGACCGGAGCCCAGGGCAGUGAUGGUGCGGGGGGUGGAGGAGCAAGUUCCCGCACCUCGCUUCCCCAGAAACCGGCCAGCCCCCCGGGGGAUACCGACUCGGCCCCGGGGCUCGACCCCGGGGCUAAUGACAAGGCCAAGAAUGACAAAGGGGAGGACACGGAAAAGGAGCAGACCAUCCACGUAAGAAACAGUGCGGGGACCAAGACAGGAAAGGAUCAGCCCGACACCCCAGGAGGGGGCCAGCCCGACACCCCAGAGGGGCACAAUCCCGACACCCCAGAGGAGCACAAUCCUGACACCCCAGGAAGGGGCCAGCCCAACACCCCAGAGGGACACAGGCCUGACACCUCAGAGGGGCACAAUCCUGACACCCCACAGGGGGGCAAGCCCGACACCCCAGAGGGGCAUAAUCCUGACACCCCACAGGGGGGCAAGCCCGACACCCCAGGAGGGGGCCAGCCCAACACCCCAGAGGGACACAGGCCUGACACCCCAGAGGGGCACAAUCCUGACACCCCAGAGGGGGGCAAACCCAACACCCCAGAGGGACACAGGCCCGACACCCCAGAGGGGCACAAUCCUGACACCCCAGGAGGGGGCCAGCCCAACACCCCAGAGGGACACAGGCCCGACACCCCAGAGGGGCACAAUCCUGACACCCCAGGAGGGGGCCAGCCCAACACCCCAGAGGGACACAGGCCCAACACCCCAGAGGGGCACAAUCCUGACACCCCAGAGGGGAGCAAACCCAACACCCCAGAGGGACACAGGCCCGACACCCCAGAGGGGCACAAUCCUGACACCCCAGAGGGGAGCAAACCCAACACCCCAGAGGGACACAGGCCCGACACCCCAGAGGGGCACAAUCCUGACACCCCAGGAGGGGGCCAGCCCAACACCCCAGAGGGACACAGGCCCAACACCCCAGAGGGGCACAAUCCUGACACCCCAGAGGGGGGCAAGCCCAACACCCCAGAGGGACGCAGGCCCGACACCCCAGAGGGGCACAAUCCUGACACCCCAGAGGGGGGCAAGCCCAACACCCCAGAGGGACGCAGGCCCGACACCCCAGAGGGGCACAAUCCUGACACCCCUGAGGGGGGCAAGCCCAACACCCCAGAGGGGGACAGGCCCACCAACCCAGAUGAGGGUGAGCCCACCAACCUGGAAGAGGGUGAGCCCACCAAUCCAGAAGAGGAUGAGCCCACCAAGCAAGAAGCCAAUCAGGUGGCAGGAAAGGACAGUUAUGAAGAAGAGUCAUCCAGAACAGACGCCAACGGGAAUCAUCCUGCAGACAGCAUUGACCACGGCAGUCCUUAUUCGAAGGAGAAUGGCCCAGGCAAGGAGAAUUCGGAGAGCAGCCACUUUUUUGCCUACCUGGUCACAGCAGCCAUCCUGGUAGCUGUCCUGUACAUCGCCUAUCACAACAAGCGAAAGAUCAUUGCUUUUGCCCUGGAAGGAAAGAGAGCCAAAGUCACCAGGAGACCAAAGGCCAGUGACUACCAACGCUUGGACCAGAAGAUCUGAUUUCACCCUGAGAAAUAUGCCCACGCUACUGCUUUGUGUCUGAAGUACAAGAGCCCUGAAGAAUGGUGCCUGCCCUGGGCAUUGUCUGUCUCCCUGAGCUGGGACUCCUGGGCAAGUCUUGGCCAGUCAAGGCAGGGAAUGGUUCCUUCUUCGCACCUGCACUUUGAUAAAAUCAUACUCCUUAUGUUUGCUGGUUGUUAUACUGUUUUCUUCCAUUCUUUCCUCCUCUACGGGUGAGUGAAGAGGAGCAAGAGCUUUCUGGGCUGUGACCAAAGGAGAAUCAUGACCCAGGAUAUGCUGUUGUUGGGGCUUUGUGGUAAAAAGGUUUGCCUUAGCAGGAAGCAUCGCACUCUUUGACUGUUAGUCUCUGCUAACUCGAGAGCGGGUCCUACUCACUGAAGAGAUGGUAAAGACCAAAGUGGCAGAGCCUUAGGACCUGAGAGCUCUUCUCUACAUGUGGAUUCCUACCCAUCAAGCGUAGAUUAUUCAUUCUUUCUAAUGUUUGCAAAUUGCUUCAGGAAAACAACUUUCCCUUCAGUUGCACUGAAUAUAUAUUUGGCUUGGGUUUCUGGGAGCAAAGCCCCUAGGUUUAGAGAUUUUAGAAUUCUAAGAUGCUCAUUUAUAAAUGUCCAGAUUUUCAUCCAGAGGCACAGUAGAAAUUUGAACAUGAGAACCACAUCAUUUUCAUUAAAAAGUUUUUGAGAAGAUUUCCCACUAAACCCAGUUUGUAUUUGUCAUUGACAUUACCUUUCUUUUAGAGCUUUCCUAAGAACUUCCCAGCCAGUUGGGCUUGGUCUCUUUUCAAGGGUUCUGGAGAUUGGGAGCCUUUGAUGGUUCUGGAGUGGGGCUGCUCUGCUUCUGCCUUGGUAUUAAGGCUCACACAUUGGCCUGUGGGAAUUCCCAAGAGGCAAGGAGGCAGUGUCUUAGGUGUAGUGUCCCUUCUGGAAACUUUGUUUAAAGUCAGUCAGUCACAGAAUAAUUGCUUUUAUCAGUUUGUUACAGGGAAACCUCAAAGGACUUUGGGUAAAGGGAAAGCCCGAGCAAAACAGCUCACCUCAGGGAAACAUCAGGCCACACACUGAUUGUGUGCAUUGCAGGGAAGCUAGCAGAAGGUUCACUUCAAAUCGUUGCAUGAAUUCUCUCCUGCUUUCAAAGUAUGGGAAAACGUUGGUUUGAAUUAACAUGUUUUCAUUUCAUUCAUUGAACUCCCUGCUUCCCUCAUUUAAAAAGCUCCAAGCCCUCUCACUGGCAUAUUUUCAUUUGUCCUCAUCUCUGCUUCCACCAGCCAGUGUCCUUGUGUCAUCCCUCACUGCAGAGGAAGAAAUGUCGCUUCUUUCUAGAGCAAACUCCCUGUGCCUCCAGUCUUGCUCCAGUUUCUUCUGCCGCUUUUCAGGUGUUUUCUUUUUUUGAGUUAUCCUCUCCCAUUUCUUGAGCAUUUUUAAUUUAUUCCCUCAUUUGAUCAGUUUUGCCCUCUCUGCUCCCAAUCAGGUAGCACGUCUCUCUCCUAUUUAUCUGCCUCCGUUCCUUUUGGUGAUCAUCCUCUCAUUUUCCUUGUCACUGCUCAGCUUCUCACACAAGUAAGAUUGAGAAUCCUGUCCUUCCUCCUUUGGUUUUUGUGAUCCUCCAUUCUUUUCCUCCCUCUCCAGCUGUUCUCCUUUGCUGCUGCUUGCUUCUCUUCAUGCUGCCCCUUCAACAGUAAACAUUCUUCAGCACUUAGUCAUUCUACUACUUGCUCAGGGAACUCAUUCACUGUGUGACUUGAUAUCUUUAACCCCAACCUCCCUGAUGAGGCCAAGUCCGGGAUCUAGAGCUACUAGUUGAAUGUUUCCCCAUGGCUGUUUGGCUCCCCGUUACUUGGAACUCAGCAAAGCUAAAAGCAGACUCUCCCCAUCCUUUGGACUUUUCCCUCACUCCUGACUUAACCUGUUUCUUAGGGUCACUUUCGCUCUCCGUUACCUAGACCCCGUUACUCCUCAGGUAGAACUAUAUUGACUCUUCAUUUAACAUGUCUCUUACUUCGGUCUUUGUUUUGUUUAGUUUCCACUGCCAUCAACCUAAUGCUGAACUCCUCAUCUCACGCCUGAAUUAUUGUCGUAGCCUUCCAGCUGAUCUCCUUUCCUGCAGUCUCUUUCCCCCCUUUCCUUCACCUUGCACAGAGGACGGCUCCAGUUUCCUAAAAUAUUCCUUUCACUUCUGCUCAAAAGCCUCCCAUUGCCUCAGAAUAAAUCCAGGCUUUCUUGCAUGGUGUUCAGGAUUAAGAACAACCUAGUACCAAUGUAGCUCUCCAACCAUAACUUUUCCAUGUUGAAAUACUUAUUUUGUGCUAAAGUCGGAGCGAUCUCACCACUAACCUGUGAAUGAUCUGCUUGCCCUUGAGUCUGCCAGUCUCUCCCCCCCAUCCUCUCCUCUAGAAUGUGACCAAUUGCUUCAGGGGGCCCUCUGGUCCCACCUCUUUCACAUGCAUCCUUCUUUUCUCUGAACUCCACUAGCCCUGACUAACUUUAGCUGGCUUUGUUUCAGUAUUCAAACAUUUCAAAUGGGUGUGAACUUGUCUUUUCAGUUGAAAUCCUUAUCUUCCUCUUGCUCAGUAAAUACUGGAGUUUUUGGAGCCAACAUUUGCCAUUUGGCAAGUUGCCACCUAAGUGUGGCAUUAGACCAGGAUCUGAGCUCUCUAGAGGUUUCUGGCUUCACCCAAAGGAGAAUAGAAGGCAGAAGUGUUUUAUGGCAUUGAGGAAGUGUAACCUUAUUAGGGAAGAAUGAUGUUGCAUUGUCCGACUGAUGUUUCCAAUAAAAAUGAGAAAUUCUAAUUUCGUGCUUCUUUGAGUUGAGGAAAGAGCUGGGGGGAGGGUGGGUUAUGCUGAAAUAGAGAAAAGAACUUAAGAUUGUUUUGCUAUGAAAACUCAAGGAAGACUGUUGGGCAAAAUGGUUAUUUGGGAAAUUUGGGGCAUUUCCCCAGAAAUUUUUCCUUAAAUACUUUUUUAGGGGUCAAAAUCUGGCCUGAAAUUUGGGGAUGAAGACUAAAUGUCAGGAAUAACUUUCCAAAAGGGCUGAGUAAAGCCCCCCAAAGAUCAGCUGAUCUUGGCCAAGCAUUUCUAUUCUUUUUUAUGGUGAAUUUUUGUGGGGGUUCAUUUUUUAAAGGAAUUUUGGUAAGAUUCUUUGAUCUUCCUUAAAAUCUCCCAUUAUUUUAACUGUGGAUUAUUUCUUUUUUCUCUGCCUCACUUCACUGCCAUUGUUGUUGUUUUUUUAAUCUUAACCUGUGUUUUUGAAAAUCACUUUGAAGCUGAAUCAGAGCCAGGAUCCAUUGUACAUGUGGUUUUAAAACAGGACCAGGCAUGAGCCCCAGUUGCUGGGCUGUCUUGCCAGAAGGUCUGAGUUCAGUACUGACCGGGCUUUUGCCUGGAAACCUGUUUGGGUCUCAUAGUAGUCUUCAGUGCCAUGGUCCAUUCUGCCCAAAGUCUCUCUGCACAUCAGGCGUGGAUUUGCCAAAUGACUUUAUCUGGAGGCUUCUCCACACCUGUGGGUGGAUUUCAUGAGCUAUGGUUUUCAUUUCCAGCUGCAUUGAGACCCAGCUUCCUUUAAAGGUUCCUCUCGCUCGUUGGUGUAUAUGUUCCUGUGGUUUCCAAGUUGGCCUUGCAAAAUGGAGUCAUUUGACUCUUAACAUUAUUGCCCUUUGGGGUUGUCUGACCCAUUUCCUUCUUGGUGAAUUGAUGUGUAGUGUUCUAAACUUUCACUUUUUACCAAAUGACACCAAUAAAUUACCUGAUUUGUUCAACGUUA